AUGGCAGCCUCUGCUUUGGCCAGGAAGCAGUGGAUCCCCAAAGUGGAGAAUGUGAAAAACAAAGCUCCUGCUGAAGUGCAAAUCACUGCUGAACAUCUCAUGAGGGAAGCUAAAGAAAGAGAGCUUGAGCUUCUUCGACCCUCUCCUCAACAGAAGAUCACAGAUGAAGAAGAAUUGAAUGAUUAUAAACUAAGGAAAAGAAAGACUUUUGAGGACAAUAUAAGGAAGAACAGAAAUGUGAUCAAUAACUGGAUCAAAUAUGCACAAUGGGAAGAGAGACUAAAAGAAAUUCAAAGGGCCCGUUCUAUAUAUGAGCGUGCCUUAGAUGUAGACUAUCGAAAUAUCACUCUCUGGCUAAAAUAUGCAGAAAUGGAAAUGAAGAAUCGCCAAGUCAAUCAUGCCCGAAAUAUCUGGGAUCGCGCCAUCACAACUCUGCCCCGGGUCAAUCAGUUCUGGUACAAAUAUGCUUAUAUGGAGGAGAUGUUGGGAAAUGUUGCUGGAAGCAGGCAAGUAUUUGAGCGCUGGAUGGAAUGGCAACCUGAGGAGCAAGCCUGGCACUCUUACAUCAACUUUGAACUGAGAUAUCAAGAAGUAGAUCGCACACGUUGCAUUCAUGAAAGAUUUGUCCUCGUGCAUCCCUAUGUGAAGAACUGGAUCAACUAUGCUCGCUUUGAAGAAAAACAUGGUUACUUGGCUUAUGCAAGAAGAGUAUAUGAAAGAGCUGUGAAAUUCUUUGGAGAUGAGCAUAUGGAUCAACAUCUCUAUGUGGCCUUUGCAAAGUUUGAGGAAAACCAGAAAGAAUUUGAACGGGCCCGAGUGAUCUACAAAUAUGCCCUGUCCAGGAUUUCACUGCAGGAAGCCCAAGAACUCUUGAAAAAUUAUACAACCUUUGAAAAAAAAUUUGGGAAUAGGAGAGAUGUUGAAGACAUCAUCCUGAGCAAAAGGAGAUUCCAGUAUGAAGAGGAAGUAAAGGCCAAUCCACAUGAUUAUGAUACCUGGUUUGAUUAUUUGCAACUGGUAGAAUGUGAUGGGGAACCAAACACUGUGAGAGAGGUGUAUGAAAGAGCCAUUGCCAAUGUGCCACCCAUCCCAGAGAAGAGAUACUGGAAGCGCUAUAUAUACCUCUGGAUCAACUAUGCACUUUAUGAGGAGUUGGAGGCAAGGGAUCCAGAGAGGACCAGACAGGUAUAUCAAGCCUGUUUGAAAUUGAUUCCACACAAACAGUUUACGUUUGCCAAAAUGUGGCUACUCUAUGCCCAAUUUGAAAUAAGACAGAAAAAUCUCCCACUUGCCAGAAGAGCUUUGGGAGCUUCUAUUGGCAAGUGUCCCAAAAACAAAUUGUUUAAAAUCUACAUUGAAUUGGAGCUGCAGCUUCGAGAAUUUGACAGGUGCCGGAAACUUUAUGAAAAGUUCCUGGAAUUUGCUCCAGAAAAUUGUGCUUCAUGGAUCAAAUUUGCUGAGUUAGAGAUAAUUCUUGGAGAUAUGGAGAGAGCCCGGGCAAUCUAUGAGUUGGCUGUUAGCCAGCCAUGCUUAGAUAUGCCAGAGGUCCUUUGGAAAUCUUACAUUGACUUUGAAAUUGAACAAGAAGAAUCUGAAAAAGCAAGAAGUCUUUACCACAGAUUGCUACAACGAACACAGCAUGUUAAAGUAUGGAUCAGUUUUGCCCAGUUUGAGCUGUCUGCGGGAAAUGAAGAAAGCUUAACUCAAAGCAGACAAAUAUAUGAAGAAGCCAACCAAAGGAUGAGAAAUGGUGAAGAGAAGGAAGAAAGACUCCUGUUACUAGAAUCCUGGAGAAACUUUGAAUAUGAAUUUGGGACAGAAUCUCAAAAGGAAAGAGUAGACAAACUAAUGCCAGAGAAAGUGAAGAAGAGGAGAAAAGUUCAGGCAGAAGAUGGGUCUGAUGCUGGCUAUGAAGAGCACUACCAUUAUAUCUUCCCAGAGGAUACUGCUGACCAGCCCAACCUCAAAUUGCUGGCAAUGGCCAAACUUUGGAAGAAAGAGAAACAAGAAAAGAAAGCUACAGAGCAAUAUCCAGGCAGAGAGAGGGAAGAAGAGUGA